GUCGUUAGGCCCAAUAGCGAAUAGCGGACUAACACACGCAUGAUAAACAUACCGAUAGUACGUGUGCGGAUCCAUGAUUAGUUGAUCAGACUCUCUCAGAAUAAUGCCAGCUAAUUACGAAUGUCGUGGACUCGUCGUGGAGCACUUGCAUAUGGCUCACCGGCCGGCCGAAGGCAACGUUGUUCAACACCGCAAAUAGUGCUGCGGGCUGGAGGCCUAUCAGCAAUUUCGCCUCGACGUUUCUUGCGAUGAUGAUGCCAGGAUGAUGCCCAGGAUUUCGCCUCAACAUGGGCCGUUGAAGAUAAACAUUGUAUUUGCACUCAGUCUUGUUCUCCCUCUCAUCAUAUCUUUCUUGAAUCCUGCCUGGCGAUUUGCUCAGUUCACGCCUCGACAACUCAUCUAUGGAACAGAUCUCCUGCCAUUUAUUACGGCGUUUUGGGCCUCUCCAACCCACACAUUCGGUCACCUUUCGCGCUUUCUUCAAGCUGCCAUAGUAGCAUGCUUCCCGCAGGCGUUACCGAUUCAUAUGAUCACCUUUUGGGCCAUUAUUGCUCUCGCAAGAACACUUUCCGGUUUUCUACUUUGUCGGAGCGUAGGAUGGACAUACCCCUGGUUAUUCAGCCACUGGGCGUUAUAUGAGACAUCAAGCGGCAUAGGUCCUGCACUCACAGCUUACCUCAUAAUGCACGGUGCUUGGCCAUGGUCAAAUUCUCGGCUUCAGAAGUAUUGCACUGAUACUAUGAAAUCACUGGCGAUAAUAUGCUCGUGUUUGACCCUGUGCUGGCUCGACAGUGCGCCGUGGACUUAUGCCAUGGCCUCUAUAGCCUCUGUAGUGCUAUGGCCUGUUCAGGCCAUAAAUACAUCAUCUUCACAAUACCAUCCCUACAGCUACUACCCUACGGCAUGGGACACGCGACGUUUGCGCACAGUCAUACAGACUGCAGUGCUUUUCUUGUUCCUCAUGCUAUCCGUGCAUGUUAUCCUUACCACCAUGGUCUCAAGCAAGAUGUCAUUAGACAUGUCCACUUCUCAAGGAACACAUCCCUUUUUAGAGAUUCUUAUUCUUCCCUAUCCCCGUCCGAAUGACGCGGCUUCUACCGAGUCACUACUAUCGCAAACCAUCUCUUCAUAUGUUCCUUAUAUCGAUUCUAACACGAUACUAUCUGUGUUCACACAUUCUACUGCACACGUAUCAUUUGCUCACGCGAAGGAGUAUUAUGCUCAAACACCUAUUACAUUCUAUACAGACACGGACAUACAUAUAGACUCAUAUUCAGGUCAGCAUUUACAUGUUGCAGAGGCAUUUCGGUGGGCUUCUGAGAAGGGCCCAUCUCAAGCAGAGUGGGUCAUGCUUGUGGAAGAUGAUUUCCCGGUAUGUGGUGAGUGGGGAUGGCAAGGCAUCCUCAACGUGAUGAACGAACUCCAGCGUGGUGGAAAAUAUGGAGGAUUUGUUGGAACCGGUGGCAGCGGCCUGAUAAUCCACCGCAGCCUAUUGCCCAUUCUCACGUACAUAAUGCGUAUACAUGCUCUUCAGCAUUCCCCCAUCCCCCCCUCUGUGCAGUAUCGGCCUGCAGAUAUCAUCAUACAAGAUUGCCUUUGGGGAAGGGACUUGUUAUGUCCGCAUAACUCUAAGGAACCGGUACUUGUCAUCACUUCUCGUCUCGUCAUGGAUCAUAUAGGCGGGAGCGCCAGCACCAUGAGAGGCCGCGUGUAUCCUGCAGACAGGUGGAAGUGUGGUUGGAGGCAUCCGUUUCAUGGCUUGACACAAGUCGAUGUUGUACCUGUCUGGUACGACGAAAAUUUAUUUUCUAAUGUGAUGCUGGAAUGUUAAUAAUUGUAUAGAUUCUGUUUUGAUUGCAGUGAUGCAGAAUGUGUUUUUCGUAAUUUAAAGGGUCACUGGAAAAUAGAACGCAGCCGUGGUUUCCAUGUUGGUACCGCUCGAUGAGACUUGUAAUCUUAUAACAUGAUAUCAGGCUUGAUGGUAUUCGCCCAUGAAGAUUUCUGAGCUUCGCCGGCCGAACAAACACGUUUGAUGCAUAUAUGCGUCCUUGUG